CCUUCGCUUUUUGGCAUACCGUUUCUCCGAACAUGUAUGUUUUGUAUAAAAAGAUGGUUGAAUACGUGGUAAUUAAUUUUGUUGGCUGAGCUUAUACCUCCAACCCUCAACAUAUAACUUCCUCGUUUCAAAUACAUCAGAAUACCUGAAAUUAUUCCCCUUCUUUCGUGAAAAAUAAGUACAUUUCUUAGGAAAAACAACUUUAUUCUCGUUUGCUACUCACAUUUCAACUCAAAACAUCAUUUACGAUACUAGUUGAAAAUUAAGAAUUAGUGUAAAGAGACAGUAUAAAGCGACAAAUUGUACUUGCAUUUCCACGUCAAGUUGGCAGCUUUGGCUACUCACAUAUUAAACGGCCAGUCAAUCUUUAGAUAAUGACCUUUCGUCCUAAUCGUUUUCGCCGCAGAAAUUCUGAGGAACCAUUAUCUCAAGCUUUCCUUCGUGACAAUGGUGACUUGAUUGAGGAGGAAAAUGAAGAUGAACAAGACAACCAAACGUUAGGUGAGAAACAGACGGAAUCGUUGCAUGAGGACGAUGAUGACGAAGAAGUUGCCGCGGAAUUUCACACGGUUCGCAGAAACACUUCUGCACUUUCUCUGUUUGCACCCUCUUCUCAACCUGUUUCCGCACAAGGCUCGAAUUCGAUAAGAAGCAAUCAAUAUCUUACCGUCAAUACCGGUCAUUUAAGAGUUCCUUCCACGCGGACAUCGGAUGAAGCCAAUUCUCCAAUUUCCACCUAUACUUAUGAUACUAAUCCGUCUUUUCUUCCCAGUCCCCCUGCAUCUUUAAAUGGUGACAACUUGCGCCGUCCCACUUUGGACCGUAGUUAUUCGGCUCCUCUUAUAGAAAAUCCGAUUACAACAGGACGACUUCCAAGUAUUGAUUCGGCUUCCCGACAGGAUCUACCCCUACUUGAUCGGAACUUACUUCCUUCCUCUACAAACGAAGCUUACAAGCUUGUCGCCGCACAUACAUCUGCUCGUUUGGAGCACAUGCGUUUGUUUGCACAGCGGGCUAAGGAAACCAGUACGCCGGAUGAUACCGACGAACUCGAGAAGGAAUUUACCACAGACACCCGCGAGCAUUAUCGAGGAGGUGUUUUGUCAAACCUACUCAAGCUUUAUACACACACAGACGUUGCCGCUUCCAGCCGUAACGUAAAAACUUCUUCUUCGCGACAAAAAAAAUGGCAAAAGCAUAAAAAAGUUAACUCUUCCACCCACUCCCUCAGCGACCUCUUUCAGGCAUCAAACUCAACUUUUCUGGCGCCUAUAACUGCUAGUCAAUCACGCGAUGACCUUGCUCUUUUCCAAAAACCGUCUCCUCGUUCGCAUAUUAAAUUUGCUCUUCCUUCUUAUCACAAAAAGCCGAAGCCUUCAGAUGACGAGUUGAAGAUUACCGUUCACCUCGCCGACAUUUUACAGCGGCAAAUGUACAUUUUAAAACUAUGCCGAGGCUUGAUGAUAUAUGGUGCACCAAGUCACAGAUUGGAGGAACAGUUGGUUGCUACAGCAAGAGUGCUCGAGAUUGAGAGCCAAUUUCUGUAUGUCCCCGGUUGCACUCUUAUUUCUUUUGGUGAUAUCAAUACACACACUUCUGAUAUGCACAUCGUUCGGGUCAAUCAAACUAUAGAUCUUGGCAAACUGAAAUUAGUGCAUCAAAUUUAUAAAGAUGUUUUGCACGACCUGAUGAGUGUAGAGGAAGCAAUUAAGAACCUUGACGAUAUCUUCAAAGCAAAAUCCUAUUUUAGAAACUGGUUAAUUAUUGUCAUGUACGGUUUCGCUAGUGUCACUAUUCUUCCCAUCGCCUUUGAAGGCGGUUGGCUUGACUUACCCCUUGCUUUUGUCCUUGGGGUACUUGUCGGGAUAUUACAAAUUUAUGUUGCUCCAAGAUCGACAACAUACAAUAGCUUGAUUGAAGUUACUGGCGCUAUCCUCACUUCAUUUCUUAGUCGAGCUCUAGGAAGUAUUGCUCGGGGCACCGGAAAAUUAUUCUGUUUCUCUGCUUUGGCAGAAGGUGCCAUCGUCGUGAUUUUGCCUGGGUACAUUGUUUUAUGUGGUUCUCUUGAAUUACAGAGUAAAAAUAUCGUUGCUGGAAGUGUGCGAAUGUUUUAUGCUAUCAUAUAUUCCCUAUUUUUAAGUUUUGGCAUCGCUAUUGGAUCCGCUUUAUAUGGAUGGAUGGAUCACAAUGCAACCAUGGACGUUCAUUGCCCAGCAUCUUCACAACUUGACGCGAAAUGGAGAAUUUUGUUUGUACCUUUGUUCACGCUUUGUCUGUUAAUGAUUAAUCAAGCACGACCAGCUCAAUGGCCAGUCGCUACAUUCAUUUCGUGUGCCGGCUAUGCAGUGAAUUAUUUCUCCUCCCUUCAUUUUGGAUCAACUCAAAUUGCCAACGCUAUUGGUGCAUUUGCCAUUGGUUGUCUGGGAAACAUAUAUUCCCGAUUAGGAAAGGGUCUAGCAUUUGCGGCUGUACUUCCAGCAAUAUUCGUUCAAGUACCCUCAGGACUUGCAGCUCAGGGCGGCCUAUCAGCAGGGUUACAGGUUGCUAGCUUAGCAACAAACAGCACUACUUCCACAUCAUCAUCUUCUUCUACGUCACAGUACAGCUCCCUUCUCUUUGGUUUGGCAAUGGUACAGCUAGCAAUUGGUAUCUCAGUGGGGCUUUUCGCUUCGGCCAUGGUCAUUUAUCCUUUCGGAAAGCGCCGCUCAGGGCUUUUUAGUUUUUAAUACUUGUCAAUAACUUUUUAAUCUUUUCGUUUCAAGUUUUGUAUAUAAUUAAUAGAAAAUAAAUUUACUAAUCAACAUUAUA